AUGGCAGCUUCAAUUCUGAAAGGAGGCGCAGAGAAGAUCGGCACCGCCAUGAGAAAGCAAGUGCUAUCCUUAACGGACGCCGCAGCCACUAGAAUACGCCAUCUCCUAGAACAGCGCCAGCGCCCUUUCCUGAAGCUCGGCGUCAAGGCCCGCGGCUGCAAUGGCUUAUCCUACACCCUCAAUUACGCCGAUGAGAAAGGGAAGUUUGAUGAGUUGGUUGAGGACAAAGGUGUGAAGAUAUUAAUUGAUCCAAAGGCGCUCAUGCAUGUAUUAGGAACAAAGAUGGAUUUUGUUGAUGACAAACUCAGAUCUGAGUUCAUAUUCAUAAACCCCAAUUCCAAGGGGCAGUGUGGCUGCGGAGAAUCUUUUAUGACAACGAGCAACUCAGAAGCUGCUAAGCGUCGUGAUGGUGGUGGUGGUGGUGGAGGAGGAGUAUAA